CUUAAAAAUAAAAUUAAUCAACGUUGGCAGUUCCACCAAAAAUAAAACAUGGCAGUUCGUUCAUAAAAAUUUCCCGCCAUCUUGGAAAACUUCUUUUCAAUUUGUGAUUGGCAUUUGGUGCACGUUUUAUAGAAAAACACCCAAAAUGCAGAUCUUCGUCAAGACCCUAACUGGAAAAACGAUUACCUUGGAGGUUGAACCCUCUGACACAAUCGAAAAUGUCAAAGCCAAAAUCCAAGACAAGGAGGGAAUUCCCCCAGACCAACAACGUUUGAUCUUCGCCGGAAAACAAUUGGAAGAUGGUCGCACUCUGUCCGACUACAACAUCCAGAAGGAAUCCACCCUUCACUUGGUGCUCCGUCUGCGUGGUGGUAUCAUUGAGCCAUCUCUGCGUAUUUUGGCACAAAAAUACAAUUGCGACAAGAUGAUUUGCCGCAAGUGCUACGCCAGGUUGCACCCAAGGGCCACAAAUUGCCGCAAGAAGAAGUGUGGACACACCAACAAUCUCCGCCCCAAGAAGAAGUUGAAGUAGACGAUUGGAAUUACUUUUUUUUUUAUUUUUUUCUAUGUGGUCUUUUUGUUGUUCGGAGAAGACCGCGAGUUUAUGGAGAAGCUUCUUCCAUGUGGAGUUGCGGAAAUUUCUUUUUUUAAAAUAAACUGUGUCGCAUAAGUUGACUCAUAGAAAAA